AUGUUUAUGCGCGUGGAACGGGGCCGACUUACAUCGAGCACAAUUUUCAAGUCGCCCAAAAGAGGACCGUACGACAUUGCCCCUAGACCACCUCUUAGCACGAAUAAUCGUUGUACGACGUCUCGCUGCUAUUGGUCUGGCAGCCCACCUUUGGAUUUCCUGGCACGUUUGCAACUUGCGAAACAAAGUUACAAACAGUGUAGCCCGCGGGAUCAUUGCAGCAUUGAAGCCCGACCACCAUGUGAAGAUGGCAGCUUUAGGUCGGGAGAAUUCAACAUAACACAAGAUAAAACACUUGUGGGUGACGAUGUUGUUCUCCGACCAACGCGGAUCGCAGCGUUCACCUCUGUCCGGAGGAUUGGCCCCACAUACGACGGAGUAUCGCAGCAUGACAAGGAAAUAGUGUUAAAAAUCAACACCAAUCAUUGA